AUGGCGGAUAUUCUGAAACAGAACGAGCAGUUGCAGCGAGAGGUGGCUCGCCUCAAGAAAGAAGCCGCACUGCAGAAACAGAAUGAGGCGCUGCAGAAGGAGAUUGCCCAGCUGAAGAAAGCAGCCACUCUCCAGGCCUCAACCGCAAAUAAGACGCCCAAGAAGCCUUCAGCAGAUGAUGCGGUGAAGAAGGUCACUGCUGCCAAAAAGUCAACGGACGAUGCCGUCAGAAAGGUGUCAUCAAGGAAGCCGGCGGCCGAUGAUGCCGUGAAGGUAUCUCAGGACAAGACAGCCGAGGCAAAGACAUCAUCAAGGCAGGCCAUCAAAGCUGCGGCAUCUAAGCCCAAGCCAAACCUGCCCCAGACCUCCGACAUCAAGGACCAUGCGCCGGUCAAGAAGUCGACCUCGGCUUCCAAGCCAUCGGUAAGCAAGACCGCCGCCGAAGCGAAGAAGGCAGUCAAGGACUCGGCCGCCGUGGACGUCCCGCCGUCGGAAGCCACGACGGAGAAGAAGAAGAAGAAGAAGAAGAUCAGGCACACGCCCAAGUACGACAUGGCCGCCGCCCUGUCGCGCGGCGAGGAGAUCCCCGGCGUCACGGACAAGAAGCCCCUCGUGCGCAAGGUGCCCAAGGCCGCCGUCAAGGCCCCAGAGCAGCCCGCGGUGGAGGACCUGCCCCAGCAGCCACAGGCCGCCGUCAAGAAGUCCGUGCCGGCGCAGGCGCAGGCGGCGCCCAAGAAGCAGAAGAUCUACUCGGAGGACGCCCAGAUCCCCACGCACCAGAUCCUCGCCCAGCGCAAGAAGGAGGAGGCCCUCAAGCAGCAGCAGCAGGCCCUCCAGCGGCAGCAGGGCCAGGGCCAAGGUCAAGGACAGGGCGGCGCGAUCGGCGGCGUUGGCAAGGCCGGAAAGGGCGCGUUGGACACUGUCGGCAACGUCGGCCAGCAGGGCGUCAUGACUAUCGGCGAUAUCGGCAAGGGCCUGCCUGUCGCUGGCAAGGCCGUCGACGGCGCGACCCGCGGUGCUGGCAAGACUCUUGGUGCUGCCACAGGCGGGCUGGGCCAGACGCUGGGCGACACAACCGGUGCUCUUGGCCGUGGCGAUCUUGGCGGCACCGUUGGCGGCGCGACCAAGGGGCUCGGAGACACCGUUGGAGGAGUUGGAAAGGGAUUGGGAGACACCGUCGGAGGAACUGUCGGCGGCCUCGGAGACAGCCUUCCAGGACCAGUCGGCGGAAUCGUCGGCGGAGCCGGCCGGGGUGUCGGCGACGCUGUCGGCGGUAUCACUGGCGGCCUAGGAAAGGGCGUCGGCAAAGUCGGCCAAGGAGACCUCCUUGGCGGCGUCGGAGAUGUCGUGAACGUCCGCGCACCUUCACCGGCGAGGUUCAGCGACGUCUGCCUGUCGGCGGAGUCGGAGACGGAGUCGGCGGAGGCGUGCUGGGUGGACUCGGCGGGCCGCAGCAGGGCAAGGGCGGCAAGAAAGGAGGCGGAGGCGGAGGCGGAGGCGGUGGGCUUCUCGGACUCGGAGGAGGUGGUGGUCAAGGGGGAGGCGGACUUCUCGGCCUCUAAGCCGGACAGUUUAUGA